UAACCCUCCCCUCAGAUCCGGCUCUGUCUCCGACGUUUCUCCUCUGUCGGCUCCGAUUCUCCUCUGUCAUCUCCGGCGAAGAACACUGUCAUCAUCUCCGACGAAGCGAACGAAGAUUCGACUCUCCAACUCGAGAGAUGGAAAGGCAAGCUUUGGCGAAGCUUAACAAGCCAUGGAGGAAGACGGUAGAUACGUCAAGAUUGUGAUUGAGCCUUUGGUUAGGGUUCUUGAGAAAGGGAGCCCUGUUGGUAGAGACGCGUCUGCAAAGUGUUUAAUGAAAUUAACCGAGAACUUGGAGAAUGCUAGGUCCGUCUCUGCUCACAGAGGUGUCUCUGCAUUGCUGACGAUCUGUUCUUACACGUAGUUGGUUUGUGGUGGAUGUCCCUUCUUUGAAGUACCUUGAAAUCGUAGAUUCUGUAGUUUACGACUUCCGUCAGAUGGAGAAUAUGCCUGCGUUGGAGGAGGCAUGCGUUUGGAUUACUAGUGGAGUGACCCAAAAGUUUCUAAAGCCUCUUACUUCUGUCCACCGCCUCUCUCUAUGGUUAUCACUUUCAGAGGCUAUGCAUCCUUCUGGUAUGAUCUUCAAUCAGCUUGUUCAUCUUGACUUGUACACUUUAGCGGAAGGCUGGUGGGAUCUUCUUACAUGUAUGCUCCAAGAUUCCCCUAAACUGCGAUUUCUCAAACUCACCAAUAGAAAAUUAAGAAGUGAAAGCAAAGAGACCCCAAUUGGUUGGAGGCCGUCAAGUUCUGUUCCUGAGUGUUUGUUGUCUAGUAUAGAGGCUUUUGUGUGGAUUGGGUACAAUGGGAGACAAAGGGAUAGAGAGAUGACAACAUUUGUCCUAAAAAAUGCUACUUGUUUGAAGACAGCGACAUUCUCUCCAGAUUCUACUGAUUUGGAAGAGAAGUAUCAGAUGCUCAAGGUGUUGGCAUCUGUACCUACAACGUCAGCUUCGUCUCAGCUUCUAUUCGACUGAACAAUGAUAAAAAGAUGUUGUUUUCGUUUUUUUUAAGUUAAGUGUCUUAAAUGGAAGCUCUUAGUUUUUGGUAAAUUUCCGGCUAGUGUGACUGAAUCUAAAUCCAUAUAUAUCUUUUUUUAUCCCCAACGAGGUCCUUUAAAAGCUA